CAGCAACGACAGGAUCAGUUGGAGGAAAAAGUCAAGAGCUUUUGGGCACAACAACUGAAGGAAAUUGAGGAGAGCACUGAUUUGAGGAAUCAACACAUGUUGCCUCUGUCGAGGGUUAAGAAGAUCAUGAAGAGUGAUGAGGAUGUGAAGUUGGUUUCAGCUGAGGCUCCUGUGGUGUUUGCCAAGGCCUGUGAACUGUUCAUAAUGGAGCUCACAAUGAAAGCUUGGGCUAACACCGAGGCCAACAAUAGGAGGACAAUCAAGAAGUCUGACAUUGCAUCUGCAAUUGCAAGGACUGAUGUGUUUGAUUUUCUUGAGGAUAUUGCUCCCAUUCCUAGGAAUCACAAAAACACAAUGAUGCAUCCAUUGCUUCCAGGCAAUGCUCCAACACCAACUCAGAAUGUUCCUUAUAUGCCACCUCCUCAACAUGUUGCUGCUAAAAUUCCUCAGGCGCUGCAAACCUAUCCUCUCGCUCCAAGUUCAACUGUCCCCCCCAAUCACCAAAACCCUUCUCCUACUUCAGAUGAUUGA